AUUGUAUAGAAUACAAAACACCCCGUACGGGUCCGCCAUUUGUACUCUCGCAGUGUUAACUACCAAAAGGGCACAGAUACCAAGCCAAUCUUCGCUGUUUCUACCGAAAUCUGUCUUCCACAGACCUUAAGACAGUACGUCUACAGUUCUUAAGGUUUCCCGAGCACCAAGGAGGACUAUUUUGCGGCAUACUUUCACCGAUCGUAGGAAAGCCACAACUACCGUACCAGGAUGUCAGCAGUCGUGUACGGUGUCCCCGUCCCUCCCCACCCCGCCAUGGCAGAACGGCAGGAGGACGACAUGAUGGUGGGGGCCGCCCUCAUGCAAAACUUCCUCCGGAACCUGCCCCGGAGCACGUUCGUGAUCGACCCCGGCACCAGGAAGAUCGUGCACGACCCGCAGAUGGCCAACGUCUGCGUGGACAUGCCUGUGUUCGCCAACAGACUCGGAAGGAAAAUCCGUGUGGAGUCGGUGGAGGCGCUGCAGUCCCUGCGUGAACGGCUAGUCCGCGCUCCUCUGUGGAUGCAGGCGGACGCCUGUCGGAGCAGCACCAACCACUACGUCGUCGUCAGGGUCACCAAACAUCUGAAAGCGAGUUUCAUGCUGAUGGUGAACACACGUCACCCGUUCAUCAGGAGACAGCUGGACCAGGGCUUCGAGCUCGCCUACGAGAAGAUGUUGGAGGGGAAGAAGUUCGACAUGAAGAUCAGUCUAAACACCACGAUUAAGCAGUUCUACCGUGACGUGCUGGGUGAGGAGGGGAUGUACGCCACCUUCAGGUGUUCGGGCGCGUCUCUGCUCAUCGCGGGCCGUCCACAGGCGCCCUCUAGCGGCUCAGGAUGCAAGUUCUUCUGCGGAUGCAACGACGUCCGGGUGGACCUUCAAGGAAAGGUUGACUUGAUAGAAUUCUCCAGCCCCCGGGUACUUCUGGAGAGGCUGGCCGGAAGACUGUCGCAGCCGGUCCCGCCCCCCAUGCCUCCCGCCCAACUCAUGGCGCCGCCCCCUUACUCCCCAUCACCGCAGGGAUACAUGCAAGAAGCUCCGCCGCCGUAUCCAGGCAGCCCGACCACGCCUAACAACCCCUUGGCCAAUCAGCAGGCCUAUAUCGACAUGUCACGGAUAUCAGCUGUGAACUCGUCACAAGGGAAUAACACCCACACUGAGUCGGACACGGCAGGUCUUCUAGAGUGAUACCUGUAAUUAUGAUGUGAUGUACUUUGUAUACUAGUACCAACUUACCCUGGGUGCCAGACAAGUUUACGGACCGCUAACCGUUUCCUGCGGCAGCCAGAAGCCCUUCGCCCGCAGACCUAAAUUACCGCUGCGGUGGAAUUGAGCCCGUGGGAAGUAUUCGUUUGUAGGGCCAGACAAACUCCCCCCGGGCUAGACUCCCCCGUAGCGAUAAAUUUACACCAGCGGGCGAAGGGCUCUUGCUGCCCGGAAAACGUUUGGCUUCCAGGGUAAUACCAACUGCAAAUAACUAAUUCGAUAAAGGGCCCUGGAUAACUGUUAUCCAUUCCAGAUGUGUAUCAUAUAUCAUUGAGAAAAAUGUGUGCUAACUUUUAUUGGUUGUUUUUUUGUCUGUUAAAAUUACCAGUUUCGUACACUGUAGCACGUCGACAGAACAUACUGCACCUGCGGGAAACCCGUAAUAUAUUGUGCAUAGCACUUUAGCAGAAUGUCUCGUAUAAGGUCGUAUUCGCGUGUAUAAGGU